CCGGCCCCGGAGCGGGAGUGGCAGGUGCUGGCGGGAGAGGGGUCCGGGGCGACCCCGGGCAGGGCCUGCCGGGGGGUUCAGGAUGCUGAACGCCCCGUCCCAGUCCUUCCCGACCCCCGGCUCGCAGCAGCGCGUCGCCUCCGGGGGCCGCAGCAAGGUGCCUUUGAAACAGGGCAGAAGUCUUAUGGAUUGGAUUCGACUGACCAAGAGUGGAAAGGACUUAACAGGACUGAAAGGCAGGUUAAUAGAAGUAACUGAAGAGGAACUCAGAAAGCACAACAGGAAAGAUGACUGUUGGAUCUGCAUAAGAGGGCUUGUUUAUAACGUCAGCCCGUACAUGGAGUACCACCCGGGCGGGGAGGAGGAACUCAUGAGAGCAGCGGGCUCAGACGGGACGGACCUGUUCGACCAGGUUCAUCGCUGGGUCAAUUAUGAAUCGAUGCUGAAAGAAUGCCUGGUGGGCAGGAUGGCCGUUAAGCCCGUGGUGCCCAGAGACUGUCGUGAGGAAAAGAAAAUCUUAAAUGGCCUGGUGUCCAGGAGCCAGGCUGCGGACGCGCCUGCCACGGAAGGGCCUAGGCCUCCAAGUUAUGACUGGUUCCAAACAGACUCUUCAGUGACGAUUGCCAUAUAUACUAAACAGAAGGAUAUCAGUUUAGACUCAAUAAUAAUUGAUAAUCAGGAUGAUUCCUUCAGAGCGGAAACAAUUAUCCAGGAUUAUUCGUAUCUUAUACAUAUAAGGCUAAGCCACGAAGUUCAGGAAGAUGUUUCUGCAAGGAUUGUUGAGAAUGUGGGAAAAAUAGAGAUUGUCCUGAAGAAAAAAGAGAAUACUUCUUGGAAAUGUCUUGGUCAUCCCCUGGAGAAUCAUAAUUCAUUUAUUCCAAGAAAAGAUGUGGGUCUGCACUACAGAGAGUGCCAGUUAAUCUCCAAGGAAGACGUUACUCACGACACAAAGCUGUUCUGCUUGAAGCUGCCGCCAAGCAGUCACCUUCAGACGCCCGUCGGGCAGCACGUUUACCUCAAGCUGACUGUUACAGGUGCAGAAAUAGUGAAGCCAUACACACCUGUGUCUGACUCCUUAUUCUCAGAGUUCAAAGAACCAGUUCUUCCCAACAAGCAGUACAUGUACUUUCUGAUCAAAAUCUACCCUGCUGGCCUCUUCACACCAGAGCUUGACCAUCUUCAGAUUGGAGAUUUUGUUCCUAUAAGCAGUCCUGAGGGCAAUUUUAAAAUAUCCAAGUUCCAAGAACUGGAAGACCUCUUUCUGUUGGCAGCAGGAACAGGCCUCACACCGAUGGUUACAAUCCUGAACUUCGCUUUGACUCGUGUGCGGAGCCUCAGGAAAGUGAAGCUGAUGUUCUUCAAUAAAACAGAGGAUGACAUAAUUUGGAGAAGCCAACUGGAGAAAUUGGCAUUUAAAGAUAAAAGAUUUGAUGUUGAAUUUGUUCUCUCAGCACCUACUUCUGAAUGGACUGGCAAGCAGGGACACAUUUCACCAGCUCUUCUUUCUGAAUUUUUGAAAAGAAAUUUAGAUGAAUCCAAAGUCUUCAUCUGCAUUUGUGGGCCAACACCAUUUACAGAGCAGGGAGUGAGGUUGCUACAUGACCUUAACUUUUCCAAAGAUGAGAUCCAUAGUUUUACAGCAUAAUGAAGAGCUGUGAUUGUCUUUUACUCAACUAGUUUAUCUGAAUUUGUGACCAUUCGGGUUUUUAAAGAACACUUUUGUAUAUAAUAAAAGGUUAACUAGUAUCCAGGCUUUGGUUUCUUAAAUGAAAUCAAAUGUUCUCUCGGUAACUUUUUGGCUUUCUUUUGUACCAUAACUUAUUUUACUAUUGAUAUUUAACUUGGAAAGUCAGUCGUAGCAACAAAUACAUCCAGGAUUCUUUGUUAUGAAUCACAGAUUUCCUUACCAUUUAAAUUGUGUCACUGUUGUACAGUAAGCAGUUGUGUUUUAUGAUACGGUAAAUGAUCACUUUGAUCACAUUUCUAUGCUGUAAGAUGUCUAAUUAGCAAUACGAUUAAGUUUUACAUUGCACUGUUAACUCAGGAAAUGGUCUUUUAUGUCCUUGUUAUUAAUAUUAAAACAUGGAAUGUUACAACUUACUAAGUGAUCCAGACAUUUGUGUGUGUGUGGAAUUGAUGCAGAUGGAAUAAAAUUAUUUAUACUGAAGAACUUUU